AUGGGCUCUGAGCAUUCCAUUAUUUUACUGCAUACUGAUGUGAGGUGGCUUUCUCGUGGACUUAUUUUAAAUCGUGUGCUUGAGCUCCUUACUGAGUUAGAGAUUUUUCUUCGUGACCGGAAUUCAAAGCUGUGUGAAGACUUUGCUGAUCCGAAGUUCAUCGCCUGUUUGGGGUACCUCUCAGAUAUAUUUACCCAUCUUAAACAAGUCAACAAACAACUCCACAGAACGUCAGUAAUCAUUGUUGAAGCAAGUAAAAAGAUGACAGCAUUGCAGACAAAGCUGGACUUAUGGGCACGGAGAGUUCACCAAAGUAACUUUGCAAAUUUACCAAACUUGGAUGAGGAAAGAUCUGGAGUGUUACCUGAGAUAAAUGAAGACAUCACAGAACAUUUGAAAAUCUUGAAGAAUCACUUCACUGGCUACUUUUCAAAAGACAUUAUUCCAACAGAGAGAUGGAUAAUAAGACCUUCUGCCACUGAACUGUCAGAAAUGAAAGAUGAUGACCCAGCAAUAGAAAAGCUGAUUGAUCUUCAAUUCUCAGCUACUCUUAGAGAAGAAUUGAAAAGGUUGGUGUUCAUUUUUUGGGUAAAACUCGCAUAUUCAUUCACACUCCUUACUCAACCUGCCUUCCAAGUGCUUGUUCCUUUUGUCACUACAUACUUAUGUGAAUCAGGGUUCUCAAGUUUAGUAGCAAUGAAGAUAAAGGCCAGGAACUGA